GUGCUGCAACCAAUUUACAUUUUUUAAUUUUUUUGCAGUCAAGCUUGAGUUAAAGCGCGUUGCGGGAUUGCCUUUUUCUCUAUGUUUAGUGCUGUUCUUGCUUUACUUUUAUUACUUGUAGUUAUUUUUUUUCUUUUCUCGUCGGUUCGAAGGGUAGAUAAGCACAGUACAAGUGUAACAGAUCACAGAAUCUCGAAACCUUCUCGCAAACCCUCUUAUCGUGCUGGACAGAAGUUUACCUUAGUUGAAGUCUCUUCACAUAAUCGUCGAGACGAUCUAUGGCUUGUGAUAGAUGGAAAAGUUUAUGACUUUACGUCCUUUGUUGAGGAUCAUCCUGGUGGCGACGCCAUUUUAAGAUAUGCUGGCGGUGAUGCUACUUUUGGUUUCAAAGGUCCACAACAUCCUGAUCGAGUUUGGGAUAUGAUACCUGAUUAUUUUAUUGGUGAACUAGAGAAUCCUAGAGAGUAGAGUGGCAGUCUUGUGAUCCUCUUGAUAUGGCGUCCUUUGUAAUUUUCUGAAAGACAUAGUCUUUGUUCUCUUGUGCUCAAGAUUUGAAUAUUAUUAUUAUUAUUAUAGAGAAUUGAAACGAGGUUUGUUCAAGAUCCAAUUCUCUUUGCGUUUUAUCUUGCAGCACAUGUCAUAAACAUUACAUGUAUUUU